AUGGACCCCCAUGUGGUGGCUGAGCUUACCAAGCUGAAGGAUGACAAGCAACUGCCCAUCAACACCAAAUGGGCCAAGUUGAAGGAAACCAUGGUCCAAGCAGGUUUGGCAUGGCCAAGGACAGAGGUCCCCAGCCAAGUGUUGUGCCACCCAAAGAAUAGAGCAGGCAUCAUGCUCAAUGCAUGGGAUGUGCAUGCCAAGGGUGCCAAGAUGCUUGAAUUGGGUAUUGCCAUGAACAAGAUCCAAGAAAGUGUUGCCUUUGAGGUGUCGACCAAAGGCAGCACCAAGCAGCAACAGCUCCAGGCCAACAUUCAACUAGUGGAGUCCUCCCACAACCAACUGGCACCAGUAACUGGCCAAGAGAGAUUGCUCAGCUGCUCCAGCAGCCAUUUAGUCGCCUUCUGCAGAGCAGUUCUCCAUGGGUGCCAAACCCAGGAGCCAAGUCUCAAGGCCAAAACCAAUGGCCAGUUGAGUUUGGCUGCUUUGGCCAACAGCCAAGAUGGUUUGGUGACCAUGUGUGAGCAAGGGUGGACAUGGUUGGUGGUGUCCAGUCUGGUUGAAGAGGCCUUCCCAGACCUGCCAACUUUGGUCCAACAGGCCUUGAACACCACUCAGGCAGUCAGCCAAGGCCAAGGCGAAUGUGAGACCAUGCUCACCAUUGCCACCCACUACCAGCAUGGCCAAGACAGCAAUGGCUCAGGAGACAUGGCCCAAGCCAUUCAACUGGCAGCCAGCAGCCAGCCAGAGGGAAGCAACUACAUGCAGACCAUGGGCUACUAUGUCCAAAACUUCAGUGGUGGUGUUGGCUGGCCAUUGCUCCACCUGCUCCAGCACAUCAGCAGCUGGGCUUCAUUAGCUGCCAACAUCUGUUUGGGCAAGCAGUUCAGCACCACUUUGAAGCUGGGGGAAGAGUAUUUCUCCACAGUGGCCUACCUGGACUUCAAGGAGAAAAGCUCCAGCAUGCCCUGGGUGCGGGCUGCACUCUUGGCAGCCAAUUUGUCUGCACCAAGGUGCAUGGUCAGGAUGGCAUUGCAUAUUGCCAAGAAGGAAACCAAAGGGAGAGACACCAAAAACUACGAGUCUUUAGCUGAAAUUUCCACUUUGUUUUCUGAAGAGCUGUUGGAAGUGGAAGCAGCACCUGGGGCCCCAUCUGUGGAGCCAGAUGCUGCAGACCCAGCCAAGCUGGCCAUGAAGACUUACAGAGUGGAGCCAGGUUGCCAUUACACUUACAAAGCCAAAGAUUCCAAAAUUGCUGACCCAAGAGUUUGGAAGCUCCAGCAUGUUGGCCCAGACAAAUCCAAUUUUGAGCACCAGCCAUUGAUUGGGCCAGCAGUUGGCUUGGAAGUGGAGAAUGAAGACCUGAAGAGAUUUAGAAAGUUUGACAGGGACCUCCCAGUGUUGGUUCCAACUGCAACACUGGAGAAGCUACACCCAAGCCAAAGUGAGCAGCUGCUGAAGGAAGCCAUGAAGGCAGAGGCCCAGCAAAUCCUGUGCCAACACUACCAGGAGAAAGUGAAGCUGGACGCAGAUUCUUUGCUGGUGGCCCAGAACUUCAAUGGCAUCCUGGCCAACAAGAGCUUUGGCAAGGGCAAGCUUGUGCUGUUUCCAGUUGGCCCUGUGGCUGUGGUGAAGGAGGUGAAGGCCUCCAUGCUCACCAUGACCAGCCCCUUGGGCCAAGAGUUGCAAAUUUUGGCACCCAAGUUGGACCCCAAGGAAGGCACAGGUUGCCUGGUUCCAUACUUCCAUGUGAGGCCAACCCCUGAGCAGUCUUUGGCCAACAUGGAGCCUUUUGUUGCCAAAUCCUCCAAUUGGCAAAUCCCUGGCUACAAGAAUUCCACCAAGAUUGACAUUGGGGACCAGCUGCUGUUUUACAAAGACAAAGACAAGGAAAAGGAUAAGAAGGAAGAGGAAGCCACAGUGUCACCACCAGCCAAGAGGGCAAAAGCAGGAAGGACUUAG